ACUCAAAACACACAUGUACACCGGCGGCCACUUUGGGCUCCUUAUUUGAAACACGCCCAGAACCCGCUCCUCUCCUCCCCUUCCCGUUAGUUAGAUUAGACCUCUAGAAACUCUGUCUAAAGAAAAGACUAGACAGAAACCCAUAGCCACCUUGAAGCCCGAACCGGAGGAAUCUAGCCAGAACCAGGGAUCAAGUAGGGCCGUACCUUAGGAAGUAGCCAUUGCGAGGUUCGAAUCGACUGGAAUCGGGGAAGAGCAGAGCAAAUCAUCUGCGGAAGGGCAGGGAUUGGCGUGCAGGAUUCGGAGCGGGAGGAAUCUGAGUAAAGAUGGCUGAAGUGAGGAUUGCCAGCAGGACGGCUGUAGCCGAUCGCUCUGGCGGUGGAUUCUUCGUCAGGAGGGUGGCGUCUCCCGGAGCCGUGGUGGACAAGGGCGCCGUCAAGCCGCUUGCUCGUCGGGUCCCGUCACCGUCGAGCAACAAGGAGAACGUGCCACCAGCGUGGGCUGCGUGGACUGCACCCAAGAGGAGGAGCUCCCUGCCCGAGUGGUACCCAAGGACCCCACUCCGCGAUAUCACAUCAGUCAUCAAGGCUGUUGAGAGGAAAAGUCGGCUGCGAGAUGCUGUGGCUCGGCAGCAGCUCCAGUGGGAUGAAGAAGACUCCUCGGAGCCUGAGGAUCCAGCACAAACAGAUGAGGGUAUUCAUGGAAGCACAGCACCAACAAACGAAACCCUGGGUGUUGGCUCGGCUCAAGUUGUUGAAACCACCGCAGCAUCAGCAACCUGCUUGGGCGAGGGCGAGAGCACCACGGUGGUGAAGGCAUCUGAUGACUGCUCCUUGCAGUCUCCAUCCAGACCAAGUGGAGAAGACGACGUGGAGAAGCAACUGGCCAACUCCAUACAAGAGAUUGAGAAUAUGGUGAGCCGGAACCUGAAGCGAACCGAUCCCAAGGCUACUCGGCCUUCCAAGACCCCGGCUGUCCAGAGGCGCACCCUGAUGUCUAUGCGCUGAGCAUCACAUGUCUGCUGCUUUCUUAGCGGCUAGUCCUAACUAACCAUGGUCCUCGGUUCUCUGCUUGAGGAUUUGGGUGGUGUUGUGCUCAUGGUUCUCUGCUUGAGGACUUGGGGUAUGGGCGGUGGUAGCUGGCUCUCUGCUUGAGGGCACAGUUAGGGUUACCUCAUCAGACUUGAUUGUGUUACUGUGUAUGUACUUAUAUAGCAUGUCUGUGUUUUGUCAUUCAGCUGAAGGGCACAUGAACCACCGUCUCCUUGUUUGUUGUUCCACUGUAACUAACAGUAACUAAUAAGACGAUAGAUGUGAUGCAUCUUCGGUUUUGGAGCAAAAUAAUACAGUAUCUUGUUGGUAUGAGA